AUGGAGCACAGGCCUCUAUUUAUGAACAUUUUUUCUAGAUAUAACAAUUGUUUCAGUAGUUUUUAUGUGCAUUAUUUGGAAGACAGCAUACAUAUCUGUUACAGCAGUAUUGUGUUAUGUAGAUAAAAUACAGAAUUUCUUCAGUUUCCAGACAGACAGAAAUAGGAACCUGCCUGGUCCCUGGUUGAUAACAGAGCCAAUUACAGUAAUCUGAAAUUUUUGGAUUAGUUUUUAAAUUCAAACCAGAAUAAUGCAGGAUUAUGAGGAGUCUGUGUCCUUUCUGGGGGACUGGGGCCCAUUCCAGAGGAAGAUCUUCUUUGUUCUCUGCAUCACCUGUUUUCCUUGUGGAUUCAACAUCCUGUCUGUCAUUUUUCUGCUGGCCAGUCCCCCACACCACUGCAACAGCCCAGUCAGCAGCAACCUAAGCCUGGAAUGGAUCCAGGCCAACAUCUCAUUACAGGUGGCUGGGCAGACAGAGAGAAACAGCUGCAGUCGAUAUGAGCUGGACUCGAUUAGGAACCUGUCUGCAAUGGGGACCAGUCCAAACUGGAUGAAAAACCAGUCUGUGGAGGAAUCCAUGCCAGAGGUCCUUCUAUCAAACCUGAAACAGGAGGGAUGCAAAGAUGGAUGGACGUACAGUACUGAGUACUUCAAUUCUACUGUGGUCAAUGAGUUUAACCUGGUGUGUAGUGACCAGUGGAAGCAGCCUUUGUCUUCACUUAUCUACUUUCUGGGAGGACUCUCCGGGUGUUUUAUCUCAGGAAUGAUCUCCGACAGGUUCGGCAGGAAGCCUGUCCUCUUUGGAUCCAUCGCCAUCCUCAGUGUCUUCAGCAGCGCCGUGGCUUUCGCACCAUCCUGGCCGAUCUUCGUUGUUCUUUUUUUUAUGCAGGGUCUGGGUCAGAUUGCCUCCUACAUAGCUGUGUUUGUAUUGGGCUCAGAAAUCCUUGUGGGCUCAAGCAGAGUCCUUUUCUGCAGUCUGGGUGAGCCUUUUGCCUUUGUGUUCUCCAUGAUGCUUCUGACUGCAACUGCAUACCUGGUCAGGAGCUGGAGAUACCUGUCCCUCAUCAUGGCUUUACCUGGCUUGGCUUGUAUCCCCCUCUGGUGGAUGAUUCCAGAAUCUCCUCGCUGGCUGCUGUCUCAUGGCCGCUUGCAAGAGGCCACAAGUCUGCUGAGGUUAGCUGCUCUGGAGAACAGAGUGGAAGCCCCACCUGUCAUUUUCGACACUUCCAAAGCUGAAAAAACUGAAAGACAGGAGCCAGAGUCGGUCAGGUUCCUGGACCUGUUGAAGAAGGCAAAAAUUCGAAAUAUAACGAUAAAACUGUGGAUUAUUUGGUUUUCUGUGAGUGUCAGCUACUUUGGUCUGUCCUUUAGUACCUCUUCUUUGUAUGGAAACCCCUAUCUGAACUACUUCCUGCUCACAGCUGUGGAGAUCCCAGCAUACUUUGCCAGCUGGCUGGCUGCCCGAAAGUGUCCUCGCCGUCUUUCAUUUGUCAGCUUCUCCCUUCUGGGGGCGCUGGCACUUUUUCUUAUCCAGGUCACCAUGAACAGUCAUCAAGCUCUUACCAUGUCCCUGGUGCUGUUGGGUAAAUUUGGUGUUCUGGCUGCGACUGGGAUGAUGUACACCUACACAGGAGAGCUGUCUCCCACAGUGAUCAGGAAUACAGCAAUGUCCUCGUGUGCCAUGUUUUCACGAGUGGGAUCCUCUUUAUCGCCAUAUCUGCUGGAAAUGGCUAAGUUCAAUGAGCUCCUGCCAUGGAUCAUCAUAGGUGUCCUGUCACUUCUCAGCGUUCUUCUCUGCAUCUUCCUGCCAGAAACUUUCAGAAAGCCACUGCCUGAUACCAUAGAGCAGAUGCCAGCCUCACAGUGGUUUGCAUGGCCCUGGACCUCCAAAGCUGCCCUGAAUGAUGAAGGAAAAUGCUCUAAAGAGCUGGAGUGUACAUCACUAGAGAUUAUCUGUACAACUCGUUUAUGAGGCACCCGAUAUAAAAAUAAGAUGUUCUACAGAAAAUCAAGCAAACAAAAAAAAAAAACCUGUCAGAUUAUGGUGCAUGAAAAAUCUAUGGUGAAUAUUUCUAAUAACAUUUGUCAUCUUGUGAAAACAACUGUUUUCUAGGAAGGUUUUCAGAUGUUAUUACUAAGGAAAAAAUGUAAAUGGGGGGUGUCCAAACGUUUUGCAAAGAGGGCCAGAUUUGUUCAGAUGAAAAUGCAUGGGGGCCAGUCAUUUGGCCUGACAGUCCUCGAACCAUUAUCAUCGUAAAUGAACAUGUAAAUAUGUAUCUAUAUCACUUUUUUGUCUGUAGAUAGGACAAUAUUGCAAAUCAGAUUCUGCUGUCAAUUGCAUUACCAUU